CAGAAAACUUUUCAACCAAAAUUUUCGUUGGCGGUGCGAAGAGAGAGGAGAGAGAGAGUUGGGAGGGUUUAGGUGACUACUUUGCGCUCGGAAAAUGGACGGGUCACCGGAAACGAAUCGGGUUGCCGCCGCCUCAUCGCCGGCCCAAGCCUCGUCUCCGGCUGUGCAAGAGUCGCCUUUCUCCUAUUUCCUUAGCAAUCUCACUCCUAUCAAUACAGUGAAGAGUGAUAGUUAUUCACAAAGAUUAGUAGGAGCCUUCUUCCCAACGCCACCAGUUGUCUUUACAUCUCCCCAUAUUGAUCUGGAGCGCGAAACCAGUUUCUUGGAAAGGAAUGAUAUAGUUGAAGCAGGUUAUAAAGAAUGUAAUACAACUAUAGUCCAGAACCCUAGUUUUGAGAAGGAGGUCCAGUUGUGCAGUGCAUCAGGGUGUAUCGAUGAAUAUUUGGCUGACCCUGCAAAGGUAGACUGUACAAGUUCUGCUGAUAUACAGAGCGGUAUCAAUGCCAGCAAAGAAUCCAAUACAGAAGUUCAUGAGGUUAUUGAUGGUAGUACAAAGAGUGAACCCCUUACAACAUUGAAUCAAGCUGAAGUGGAUCUGCCUUUACCUUCACUGACACAGAUUGAAACCACAAUCAUUGAGAAGACUGAUCAAAAUAGUGUAGAUCUUGUCACCCGAGCACAAAGCCGUGGGCAGAAUACAGCUAAGGUGGUUAGUCAACACCACCGUGGUAUACGUAGGCAUCUCCAAUUUGAGACUGCAGUAGCCCAGAAGAGUUCUAACUUUGGUAACCAUCGAAGUCUUUGCAGUCUGACGCAUGAUACUGACAAUUUAAGGUCAGAAUUCAAAUUAACAAACUUGAAGACUCUAGCUUCUUCUCAUUUAGAUAGCAAAGGCUCCAGCAGUUCGCAGGGUGUUAGCUGUGACACUUCACAAUUGUCUUCCUGCCUCUGUGAGUCAGUUAGAUCCAGCCAAAUUGGUGGAAACUCUUCCACCUCAGCUCCUAUUCGUUCUGGUAUUGGUUUACAUCUGAAUAGCAUUACUCGAUCUACAUCCAUGAGCUCAGAUGUAUUGCCAAGCAGGAAAGCAACUGGUUGUCUGAGUACACCGGACCAGAUGUUGGAGCAUGACAACAGAAACAACAUAGAACAUGAGUCAAGUAGUAGCUUUAUUUCAGUUGUACCUGGGCAAAAUUAUUCUUCUGUGGGCAAUGAUCAGCAAGAAAGUCAAACCGUUGCGCACACUACUUUCACUUUUUAUUCUACUGAUGGUGUGCCAUACCUUCCAUGUGAUUCUAUGCAUCAGAUACUGGUUGACCAGCACUCAGUUCCUUGUGAGGAGAUGAAUGCUUCACAGGAUGCAAACAAGAUCGAGGAAUUAAACGAACUGAGCCAAAAAAGGAAAAGGAGAAGAGGUGCAGAGAUAAGUGAGGGCUGCAAACGCUGCAACUGUAAGAAGUCUAAAUGUUUGAAACUUUAUUGUGAGUGCUUUGCAGCUGGAGUAUUUUGUUUGGAUUCAUGUGCAUGUGAAAACUGCUACAACAAGCCUGAGUUUGAGGACACUGUUUUUGAUGCACGUCAGCAAAUUGAAUCCCGUAAUCCGCUGGCAUUUGCUCCCAGAGUUGUGAAGCAUGAAAUCAACUCUUCGCCUAACAUUAUGGAAGAAGCAGACUGGACGACCCCAUCAUCAGCUAGGCACAAGAGAGGUUGCAAUUGCAAGAAGUCAAAGUGCCUGAAAAAAUACUGUGAAUGCUUCCAGGCUAAUGUUGGAUGUUCUGGCUCAUGUAGAUGUGAUUGUUGCCAAAAUCCGUGUGGCACUAAGGCAGACCAUGAAUACAACCGAGCUGAAAAGUGGGAAACCCACCCUGCUGAGAAGCUGGAUACUAUUAAGGGUGGGAAUGAUUGCAUCAAGGCCUCGGAUAUGGAUCCGUACUCUCCAUGGGAAGGACUUUCUGUUAUAAGCAAUCUCACGCCAUUGUCAAAUCCUUGCUCAAGUACAAGGGUUUCUUCAGCUUCAUCAAGUAUGAGAAACUGCACACAAAUUUCACAAGCCCAAUUACAAUCAAGUAGGCUUCAACCAUCAGGUACUGGUCACUUGAAAAGGGGACGGUCACCUGUCAUAUUUACCCCACAAGUAUUUGAAAGCAAGGGCCCCUCUCAGCUCAGUUCUGAUGGUGCCAGUUAUGAAAGAAUGGAUGAUGAUAUACCUGAGUUACUGAAGGAACCUUCUAUCCCCCCCAAGGUUGUCAAAGGUUCACCAAACCAGAAACGUGUGUCACCUCCACAAUCCCGAGCUGAGAAGUUGCGGUCAAGGUCUCCUAAAGGCUUGAGAAGUGGCCGCAAAUUCAUUUUGCAGGCUAUGCCUUCUUUCCCUCCUCUCUCCCCGUACAGCGAUUCUAAAGCUAUCAAUGAUACUAGGAAUGACCAUAAAGGUACCCAGAACAAUUAGACGACACACAAGGAGUUCGGUGUGUCAUGAUCAGAUCGCUUUUGCAGAUGAUUAUUGACAAGCAGCUGAGUUCCUUCCAACUUCAGAAGCUCAGGCAAAGACUGCCGCCUAAUUCUCUAUGAUUCCAUUGCAAGAAACACCAUAGGCUCGUGUCCGUGGUGACAAUGCUAGUGUAAGUAUCAUUGGUAAUGAUAUUUUUGCCAUGGACAGAAAUGUUUGCAUUUUUGGUUUAUUCUUUUUGGUCUCUGUUGUAAUUCAGUUGAUAUAUCAUUUUAUUUCUGGUUUUUUUCUUUC